AUAUUACACACAGGCGAUUAGGGUUUUCAAUUCACGCCGCACCUUGCAGAAACGCAGCAUUCUCUCCCUCGCAGCCGCAGCAGGAACCAGCCCCCGGAAUCAACCAUGCCGUCGCACAAAUCGUUCAUGAUAAAGAAGAAGCUGGCGAAGAAGCAGAGGCAGAACAGGCCGAUCCCGUACUGGAUCCGCAUGCGCACCGACAACACCAUCCGCUACAACGCCAAGCGCCGCCAUUGGCGCCGCACCAAGCUCGGCUUCUAAGCCGCCAUGUUUUCUAUUUUCUCUCUCCUUUUUAUUUCCCGCCGUAUUUCGAUUUGGAUCAUGUUUAGAUUUUUGAAUGAGAUAAUUGGUACUCUCUUUACAAUUAUGUAAGACUUCAUUUUUGUUUUAAUUAAUUUUAUGGAGUUCGUAUAC